AUGACAUUCCGCCAAAAUGCAUCCUCCAACAAUCCCUACGCCACCAUGGAUAUGCGCGAUUCAACUCAAUCCUCUCGUCAACAACUCACAGACCCCAUGUCAUCACAGAACCCAUAUGCCGCCACCGGUUCCAGAGGAUACAACGAGAAACCACGCAGUAGCAAGAAAAAGUGGUGGUGGAUCGGCGGUAUUCUUGCACUGCUCAUCAUUAUCGGUGGCGUGCUUGGAGGCGUUCUGGGCACCCAAUUGAAUGACGAUGACAAGAAGGAUGGAAGCCACAGCUCGAGCGGCGGAAACAACAAUGAUAACUCCAAUGGCUCGGGUGUCCCUGGAAACACAGGUCUUCCCAGCGGACUCACCAGCGCCAACACCGCUGCCAUGACUGAGACUGGAGCCAACGGUCAGGUCUACCUUGCCAUUGCCACCGAUUCAGAGUGGAUGCUGCCUCUCUACGCUACUGGAACCAAUACUGCCGGAUACUCUGAACCUACCGUUCUUGCCAAUCCAAGUCCUGAAAGCGCCUGGCCAGCGGACCCCAACCCUCCCUCCAACGACUCGAUCCGUGAUCACCCUAGAUUGAUCGCUCCAGCUUACAAAUGGGAAGCCUUGACGACCGGAGGACUCAUCGCCAACGACCCCUACCUCUCUUUCUGGAAUGAGACUAUAGUCGGUAAUGCUUCCGACACCCUCAACGAUGACCCUGUCCCUUACACCCCUGAUGGUGGUCUGACUGGAUCCGGUGUCCUCGAUGUCGCCAGAAAGAUGAAGCUUCGCGUCAAGAACUGGGCCUACGCGUACAAGGUCACCAAUGAGACCAAGUACGCCGAACGUGUCUGGCUCGAGAUCUGGACAGCCGCUGGUAACAACUCUGCUGUGCCUUUCGGAGCCAACGGCACUCGAUGGAACGCUCAACAUUUCCUGGAUCUUGCCGAAUUCUGCGCCACCUAUGCCAUUGCUUACGACUGGCUUUACGACUAUUGGACAGAUGAACAGCGUGAUUCCAUGAUGUGGACCAUGCUCGAUCUCGGUCUCUCCUUUGGUGUUCACGCUCUGAAUCCUAAUGACACAACCGAGUACGGUUGGGAGUGGUGGACCGGACCCCCCAAGAACAGUCAAGAGAUCAACGGAAACUGGAACUGUGUCUGUAAUGGCGGUCUGACAAUGGCUGCCCUCGCCAUUAUUGAUCGAGACCCGACAGGCAUGGCUCAGCAAAUCCUCGACAUGGCUAUUCCCAAUGCCUAUAACGGUUGUUUCCAAGCACCCCAUGAUGAUGGAACAUGGUCCGAGACUGCCAAUUAUUGGUACUUUGGAACCAGUGCUGCCGGAGAAUUCGUCUCGUCCUUGCUCACUGCCUAUGGCAAUGACCGAGGCAUGGCUGCGAGCAAUCCAGGCUGGGCUCUCACCCCCCUCUAUCACAUGUAUGUCCAAGGUCAGACAUCCCUGUUCAAUUACGGAGAUUGCGGUCCCAACAAGUAUUCCACCACGGCCAACUCGUUGAUGCUCUGGGCUACCAUGUUCCAAGAGCCCAUCUAUGCUCUAUACCAACGAGACCACUUUGAUGCCCCAGAGCCAUGGUCCAUGUUUUGGUACGACCCCGCUUUGGACGGCACCUGGUGGGACCAGCUCCCUCUUGACCACUUCUUCCCCAGCGAACUCGGUGCCUGGGCCUCUGCUCGAUCUUCAUGGACCGAUCUGACUGGAUCAUACUGGGCGAUUAAGAGUGGUGACCUUCGUGGACAUCAGACACACGGCGAUCUCGACUUGGGAGACUUUGUCAUCGACGCUCUCGGUACCAGAUGGUUCGGAGAACUCGGCAGUGGUCAAUACCUUUCAACUGGGUACUUCAGCUCGUCUGAUCAAGAAUCCGAACGAUGGACCUACUACCGAAAGCGAACCGAGGGCCAAAACACCAUUUUGAUCGAUUACCUUAACCAGAACGUCAACGCUGCGCCUACUCAAAACUGGGGCAGCUCCAACACCUCGCAAGGAGCCGCUCCUAGCUUCUCUAUUCCCAAUGACAGUACCGCCUAUUUCACCAUGGACAUGUCGACAGCCUACAACUCGUCUUCGUCCGUCAAGCGAGGUAUCCGAUACUUCAAUUCUCGAAAGCAGAUCUUGAUCCAGGAUGAGAUCACCGGUGUUCCAUCUGGAACCGAUAUCCAAUGGAGGGCCAACACCAAUGCCACCGUGACUACCAAUGGGGGUACAGCCACCUUGGUCUUGGACGGCCAAACCGCCAUUGCUACCAUUGUUCAAGGACCUUCAGGUGCUGCUUUCUCAACUGCAUCCCCCGUGCCAUUCUCGACAGACCCGCCAAUGCCCGCUUCUGACGGUUACGCCGGAGAUCCAGGUAACCCAGGCGUCACCGUCUUGGUUGUCGAUCAACCAAACGGUGGAGAUCUCAACUUGACCAUUGCCAUCAACCCUCAAUGGCCCGGAAUGCAAUCCAGCGACUACCUUACACCACCUAACGUCCCUCUCGACGAAUGGUCUUUGACUUCUCAUAACGGAGCUUGA